GAAAACGAAAACGCCUCCGUGGAGCCACGCGCGCCACAGCUCGCACACCAUGCCUCGUCCACUCGUCCGAAUCUCUCGCUGGCUCUUAAGCCCCGGCGCCGCCGAGCCAAAGCAACAUUCAGCGAACGACCUCCGCUGAGCCCUCCGUCGAACAAACGACGCCGACGACCAUGGGUCUGGCGAUGGCCAAGCUGAUGGUCGGGAAGAUCAUCGUGGAGACGCCGAAGCACGAGGUGGUCCACACCGGCGACGGCUACGAGAUCCGCAAGUACCCGCCGUGCGUCGCCGCCGAGGUGACCUACGACCCCAAGGAGAUGAAAGGCGACCGCGACGGCGGGUUCCAGGUCCUCGCCAACUACAUCGGCGCCUUCGGCAAGCCGCAGAACACCAAGCCUGCUGAGGCGAUCGCCAUGACGGCGCCGGUCAUCACCUCCUCCUCCUCCGGCAGCGGCGAGGCAGAGCCGAUCGCCAUGACGGCGCCGGUGAUCACCUCUUCGGAGCCCGAGCCGGUGGCCAUGACGGUGCCGGUCCUCACGGCCGAGGGCCGCGAGGAGCAGACGGGUAAGGUGACGAUGCAGUUCCUGCUGCCGUCCAAGUACGCCAAGGCGGUGGAGGCGCCGCGGCCGACGGACGAGCGGGUGGUGCUGCGGGAGGUGCCGGAGCGGAAGUACGCGGUGGUGAGGUUCAGCGGUCUGGCCGGAGACAAGGUGGUGGCCGAGAAGGCGGAGGGGCUCAAGGCCGCGCUGCACAAGGACGGGCACGUCGUCACGGGCCCCUUCGUGCUCUCCCGCUACAACCCGCCGUGGACGCUCCCGCCGCUGCGCACCAACGAGGUCAUGUUCCCCGUCCAGUGAUUCAUCAUCCGGCCACCCGGCCACCCCCACCCUAUGUGUAUGUAUGCAGCUACCGUACGUGUGCUACUACUAUUUCAUUAGAUUGUACGUACUUCCGUAAACUAAUAUAAAAGCGUGGCAAUUCACGUGUUUGGUUAGCACAAUAAA